AUGGUGUGUGCAGAAGUUGUACAACAAAACAACCUCAAUCUCACCGAAGCCCUAGUUAGACAAAUUGGGUUCUUGGCGAUUUCUCAAACCAGAGCCAUGAGAAAAGCAGCAAUGUAUUUCGUCGAAGCCGGAAGAUUUACAGAUUAUACCCUCAAAACCCACUCGACAACUCUUUAUCGGAUGCUCUUCACAUGCACUUUUGCGAGCUUUAGCUUUGAGAGUCGGUGGUCUGCCGGCGAUCGGACCUCCCGGUCACGAGACUCUGAUCAUCUGCAGGAAGUUGGUUGGAAGUUAGCUCAAUUAGCUGAAACGAUUCACGACGUAGAGGAGAACGACGAGUGUUUGAUGUUGGGAUAA